AUGGCGGAUGUACGUGCAAUGUUGCGCGCGUCACGCGACGCGCGCAAAAGAAUUACCCACCCUCACGCCUCCUACACCUCGAGCGGGAAAUUGGUAUGCAAUUUAUGUGAGACGGUCAUCAAACACGAAUCAGCAUGGCAGAGUCACCUUCAUACUACGCAACACAAUCUUCGACAGACUCGAGCACAAGACGCAGCGAGUGCGCGACCCACGGAUACUGGCAAGAGAAAGCGUAGCGCUUCUGGCUCUGCGAGUCCGCCCGCGGAAUCGAGGAAAAAGAUACGACCAGCUGCCAUCUCGGAUUUCAAAGAUGCCGCAGUGUAUGAGGGGAAUGAAGACACCACACGAACUGUCCAGGCGCAAAGUGUAACGAUCGACAACGCCGCGGAAGAGCUCUCGGAAUUGAAUCAAAAUGUCCCGGCGAAUGACAAGCUCGAUGUCGUAACUUUGGAUGACUUUGAGCGCGAACUAGCAGAGCUUGAGGCUUCCGUGCCCGCUCGACCCGAGUCAUAUGGCGAUGCAACGAUCUUAUCGGCACCUCUGACCGCCGCUGAACUCGCAGCGCAAGCUAGAGAGGAACAAAGUGCCCAACGCGGAAGAAGAGAUCUCGAGAUCGUAGACGAGAGGGAGGAUGCAGCGAAAAUCCUUGAGGACGAAUUGGAAGAGAUGGAGGGACUGGAAAUGCGAGCCCAGAGAUUACGGGCUAGACGCGAGGCACUCAGGACAGUCGAUACUGACUCAAACGGGGGUCACAAAAAGGACAUAGAUGCGGACACAACUGCUGCAAUAAUUGCGCAAUCGCAACAGGCUGAUCACGGCGAAGAUGAAGACGACAAUCGUAGCGAUGACGAAGAUGACGACGCAUACUGGAAUUUCGACGGGCGCUGA